AAAUUCAAACACCGGAAGUGUAAAAUCCAGGCCAUCUAGCUGCAAAUGUUCGGGUUUAUUUUUGAAAGUAAUCUUGUUUUGUAAUCAUGAAACCGGCUCGAGGAAAAACACCAAAGAAGAAAGGAAAUUCAACUCAGCAAGAUCCUGUUGAGGUUUACUGUAGAAUUCGACCAGCUGGUAAUCCUGAAGAUGACACAUGUAUUAAAGUUUUAAGUGAAACUACUGUUCAACUAUUACCAACUGAUCAUGGACGAUAUGAUUUUUCAGGUGCUACAGUUAGAAAUGGACAGGUUAAAGAGUUUCAGUAUAAGUUUCAACAUGUGUUUGAUGAAUACACAUCACAGAAGGCUAUAUAUGAUUAUGUGGCUUUACCAAUGGUGGAAGAUCUUUUACAUGGUAAAAAUGGUUUGUUGUUUACAUACGGUAUAACAUCUUCUGGUAAAACCUAUACUAUGACAGGAACACCACAGGAUCAAGGCAUAUUACCACGCUGUCUAGAUGUUAUAUUUAAUAGUAUAAAUGAACUACAGGUCAAAAAAUAUGUAUUUCGACCAGAUAAAAUGAAUGGUUUUGAGGUUCAGUCUGAAGCUGAUGCUAUGAUAGAACGACAGAGAAGAGAAAUACUACCUGGACUAAUCACACCCAAAACACCAACACCUGCUACACCCAAACCACCUAAAUUUGGUGAACAAGCUAGAUUACGAGAUAUGUGUAAAGUAGAUGAUAUAGAAGAAGAUAAUAAUUACUGUGUUUUUGUGUCCUAUAUUGAGAUCUACAAUAAUUAUGUUUUCGAUCUAUUAGAAGAGUUACACUAUGACCCAAUUACUGGAUACAGACCGCCUCAGUCUAAGAUUUUACGAACAGACAAUACUGAAAACAUGUAUGUACAUAAUUGUGUAGAAGUUGAAAUUAAAAGUCCAGAAGAAGCAUUUGAAGUAAUGUAUAAAGGACAGAAGAGAAGAAAGGUUGCCCAUACAGCUCUAAAUGCUGAAUCAAGUCGUAGUCAUAGCGUAUUUAAUAUUCGUUUAGUACAGGCCCCUCUUGAUCCACGUGGAGAGGAAGUUCUUCAGGAUCCUGAGAGAGUUUGUAUUAGUCAACUAUCUUUGGUUGAUUUAGCUGGUAGUGAGAGAAGUAAGAGAACAGAUAAUAUGGGUGAUAGACUUAAAGAAGCUGGUAAUAUUAAUCAAUCAUUGAUGGUAUUACGAACAUGCAUAGAAACAUUGAGAGAAAACCAAAAAAAUAAUACAAAUAAGAUGGUACCAUACAGAGAUUCUAAAGUAACCCAUCUAUUUAAGAAUUAUUUUGAUGGAGAUGGCAAAGUUAGAAUGAUUGUCUGUGUUAAUCCUAGAUCGCAAGAAUAUGAAGAAACAAUUCAUGUAAUGAAAUUUGCCGAGAUGACACAAGAAGUAAUGGUAGCUAGAGCUACACAAGUUAGAUUUGAUAUUGGUUUAACACCAGGUAGACGUAAGCUUCAUCAACAAUAUAAAGAUGCUGUAGCAGCUAAUGAAGUUGCUGCACUGCCUGUGGUUCCAUCUUUAGUAUAUAGUUUAGGACCAUCGUUUCCUCCCAUGGAAUUACUUCAUUCCUCUGAUGAUAAAACACUUAGAAUAUUAGAAGAUUUCUUAAACGAUCGCUGUAACAGGCGGCAUACACUUAAUACAGAUUUUAACAAAAAAGAAGAAGAAUUCCGCGCUAGAUUAGUAGAAAUGGAGAGAGAAUAUUACAGAUUAACAUCAAAAAAUGAACAGUUAAUGAAAGAUGUAGAAAAGAAAGAAAAAGACAUGUCGAAAAAUGAAAGUAAAGUUCGUGUAUUGGAGAGGAAACAUGAAGAAUUCACUAAAUAUAUUCAAACUUUAGAACGUGAAAACAGCAUUAUGAGUUUAAAGUUGGAAGACAAGAACUGGAAAAUUAACUUAGAAAAGACAGAAAGGGAACGAAUGAAACAUGACUUUAAAACAAGAUUAGAAAUGAACAAUUAUGCUUGGGAGAAAAAUAUGGACAAAGCUAAACAAAGAAUAACACAAAAGGCUGAUGAGCGGAUUCAUGAAAGAGAACAAAAGAUUCAAGCUUUAAAGAAAAUCGUAAACACACCACAAAGACCUACACCUGCACCUAAACCUCGAGCAACCCCUAGUAGUCUGUAUGGUGCUAGAUCAGAAACUGAUGUAUCUAACAUUGGUUUUGGUAGUCGUGUAACGAGACAAAGUGCUAUACCAUCAGCUAAAUCUAUGCACAAUCUUAACCAAGCUGGUUCUUCUAAUAUUCGACCCUCAUCCGUGCGAGGAGGGGCUUCACAUAAUACCAGAUAUCACAGACGUUCUAAAUCUUCAUCAAAUGCAGAAGUAUGGUUAGAUCAUCAACCUAAAAAUCCUAUUCCUUUAGGUACUGUGAUGCAGCCUAAGAUGCGUAAGAAGAGAUCAGUUACUAAAUUAGAAAUAAAAGAUACCAAAGAUGUUUCUAAAUAUUGUUUAACACAUCAAGAGCCGGACUCUAGUGAUGAAGUUGUUACAAAACUUUAUAAGGGUGAUGUUAUACCAACUGCAGGAGGAGGAACUGCUGUUGUAUUUAAAGAUGUGGAAACACUAAAACAGACUUCUCCCGGUAACCGACGUAAACGAAGAAGUUCCUGUCCUCAACCAGUGGAUUUUAAUGGUGAUUGGACAGAUACAGAAGCCAGAUGUUCCUAUGGUAUAGAAGGUCAUGCAAAGAGAACAAAGGCAUCAAUUGUAUAGAGAGCCAAAGAAAAGGAGAAAAUCAAGCAAGAUGUGAACUUUGUGAGUGUGAGUGUGUGUGUGUGUGUGUGUCUCUCUCUCUCUAUAUAUAUAUAUAAUGCAGUGACAUGUACAUAGAGACAUAUUAAAAAAAAAAAAACUAGAAUAGUGCAAUUAUCACAUCAAGCUUUUCUUAUCCAAUGUUACUUCUGUGUUGUGAAUAUUAUUUUAACAUUUUCAUCAUAUUUAUCAAAAUGUAUCUCGUAGUCUUUCAGUCAUUGACACUGUAUUUCAGUUUUAUGAUUGCAUUUAUUUUUUAAUUUCUUCUUGUCUGUCUGUUUCGUCUAUUCUUUGAUCAACUGUACCAAUAUUUGUUUAUUUCCUAUUUAUUGCUCUCAGUCAUGACCCUUUUUGUCAUUGUACUUACGUUACCUCAAUCAUUAUUUUGGGUUUCAAAUGGAUUCCAUUUUAUGGUCCAUUUUACACUGUUUCAUUUCUAAGUGGAUUGUAUAUAUAAUUAUAUUAUCCUAAAGUUUUGUCAGUCUACUGGGAUAAAACAUAAUAUCUAAAAGUAUAAAUAUGUUAUUUUGUAGAAAAUGAGAACCAAUAUUUUUUAAAUUGAUGUAUAUUAAUAUUAUACUAGAUGGCUACACAUUUUCUACAAUGUAACUGUAAUAAAUUUAUAUUUUAUCAGUUACACUUACAGAAAACAUAUCCUUUUUUGUCGUUAAACAAUAACAUUUUUAAAAUGUAUAUAAUAAAUUUUUAUUUUUAUACGCCCACAUUUGCCCACAUUUUCAUGUGGACGUAUAUUGUCGUUGCCCCUGUCUGUCUGUCCACAAUUGUUUGUGAACACUCUACAGGUCACAAUUUUUAUCCGAUUUCAAUGAAACUUGAAAUAUAGGUUUAUCACCCUAAGAUCUUGGUUCCUUUCGAUAUUGGCAUGUAUCGGACUGUAACUUCAUGGAUUAUAGCCCCUGAUUGUACGAAAAAUCACAUUUUUUGGCUUGUGAACACUGUAUAGGUCACAAAUUUUAUCUGAUUGGGUUUAAACUUGAAAGGUAUGUUUAUAACCCACAAAUCUCGGUUCCUUUCGAUAUUCACACAUAUCGGACCAUAGCUUCCUGAAUUAUGGCCCCUGAUUGUACGAAAAAUUGUGUUUUUAGCUUGUGGUCCCUCUAGAGGUCACAAUUUUUAUCCGAUUUAAAAAAAACGUUUGAAUAUAUCACCGUUACACCGUAAUUUUGUCUGAGAUUGAAUUUCAUGAAAAUCGGACCAAAACUGCCAGAUAAAAUGGCCGCAUCUCGUACGCAAAUAGUGUAAAGAUCUGGUAUACCAAAGUUCUGGACCGUCUAGAAGUCACAAUUUUGAUCCGAUUUCGAUGCAACUUUAAAUACAUGUUUAUAACCCAAAGAUAUUGGUUCCUUUCGAUAUUCGCGCAUAUCGGAUUGUAACUUCCUGAAUUAUGGCCUAUGAUUGAGCAAAAAAUCAUGUUUUUAGGUUGUGGUCCCUGUAGAGGUCACAAUUUUUUAUCUGAUUUAUAAAAAAAUGUGUGAAUAUAUCACCAUUACACACUAAGGUCUUGGUUCCUUUUGAUAAUCGUGGAUACCCAAACUUAACUUCCUGGAUUAUGGUCCCUGAUUGUUUGAAAAAUCACAUUUUUAGCUUGCAGAUUCUCUAGAGGUCACAAAUUUUUUCCGAUUUUAAAAACCGUUUAAAUACAUCACCAUUCCACCAUAAUGAAGGUUGAAUUCGAUUUUCGAGAAAAUCGAAAUGAAACUGCACGACAAAAUGGCUGCUCUUUGUAUGCAAAUUGUGUAGAAGUAUUGUGGACCCUUUAGAGGUCACAAUUUUUAUCCGAUUUUGAUGAAACUUAAAACAUAUCUUUAUAUCCUAAAGAUCUCAGUCCCUUUUGAUAUUUGCACAUUUUAGGCCAUAACUUUCUGGAUUAUUGCCCCUGAUUGUACAAAAAUCGUGUUUGUUUUUAGUUUGUUCUCUAUCCAUCUCUUGCAAAAUGUGGGCGUAUCCUGCCUGGCAGCCACUGGUUUUAUGUUAUAUUGAUUAAAACUAAACUAAAAAAAAAAAAAAAAAUCAUACUUUGUCAAUUACUUCCCUAAUGAUGACUGUGCAUAGUUUGCUGUAAUUUUUGAUAGCACAUAUAUUAGGUUAAUUAUUAUUUUCCACAGACUUCAUUUAAAAUUAAUUUUUAAAAAUACAUGUAAAAAAGAAAAACCUUGUAAAUAAAUGUGGCAUUAAUAAUAGGCCGGUACUCACACUUAUCUGUAGUAAAAGCCAUUUCAAAAUAAGAUCACUUAAUAAAGAGAAGUCUGAAAAAUAUUUUGAGUUGUUUAUGGUUAAUUCUGUAAUAUUUUUGUAUUUACUAUUAAUUCAUAACAUACGUUAAAAGAAUUUCAUACAGUCUGUUAUUAGCUGUUUUCACUAUACCUUUCUAUCAAAAUAUCUAGUCUUAAUAAUUGUUGAUAAAAUCAAUAUUUGUUUUCUUUUAUAAAUUAGAGAUCCAUUUAUACAUUUAUAUUAAUUGACAUUCUCUGGAAUUAAAUACUCAAAUUAGGGAUAACAAAAAAAAAGUGUAUCCUACUAUAUAUUGUCAAUUUGAUUAAAUACAGAUCUAUAUUUCAUUUCGUUUUUUUAUACUUUCGAUGGCCUACACUAUAUGAAGAUCUGACUGGUUGUAGCGAUAAGUCGUAUCAGAGGUCAUACAAGCAUUGAUGUUACUAGUGGAUUACCCACAGUUCCGUGCAAAACAUGCCUAAAGCUGGCCGUAGCAGACAGUUUCAUUAGCUAUACCCCACAUCAUUCAAAACAAUAACUACUCUUCCAGAUCCUAGUUUAAUAAAACGAAAUUUUGAACUAUGAAAACGAAACUAAAUAGGAUCUGUGUUUUAAUCAGAUUGAUAUAUUGUAUAAUUUGUAUUAGAACAGGUGUAUAUCGUACUAUCAAAUUAUGGUUUGUAAAUAUGUAUAUUGAGCACAAUAAAGCAUUUAUAUAUUCAUACA